GAUUUUCCCCCUUUGAUUAAAAAAAAGGUAGGUAACUGAUUACUAAAAAUUAAAAUGAAUGACGAUUUGAUUUAUUGCAGUACGAUUGACUGCAAAACGUAUGCAAUUAAAGCGGCAAAGCGAUGAUAUUACUAAAAGCUUGGAACGGGCACGGGAGGACCAAAGUGAACUUGCAAAAUCCGUGAAACAAGAAGCGCAGAAAACAGAACUUAUCAUACGUCAGUAUGAAGACUUAUUGGAAGAAAUAUCAAAUAGGUUCAGAAACACUCGAGGAUAUUACAUUGAAGAAGAAAUUAAUAAGGAAACGGAAAACGUUAAUUCAACAAUAAUACAAUUAACGGAUGAAUUAGAAAAGAGACAAUGUAUGGUAAACGAAUUGAAAUCACAGCUGAGUAUGAUUCAACCAGUUGUACCAGAAGACAUCCUUACAAUAUUUGGAAAACAAGAAUUAGAUAACAAAGUAAAGGAACUUUCUGAAAAGUUAGAAGCCUUGAUUGAAAAACGUAAAAUUCUUCUACAAAAACCAGAGUGA